AUGGACAGAAUUUAAAAGGGAUAUGGAUAAGGUGAGGAGGAAGGCACACAGAAAAGGAAAGCAGAACCAGAGAAACGACACCAUGAAGCUCCAGACUGCCCUUCUGUUGGUCUGUCUAUUCAGAACAAGCUUUGCUCUUCCAUUGCAGAUUGGAAUUCUUGCAAGCAACAGCAAUGAGAUCCUAAGACUGAAUGGAUUAACUCUUGCAAGUCUUGGACAAACACAGGGGUCUUCAAUAUUACCCCAGUAUGUGCUGCAGCAGCAGCAGCCUGAGGUGCUGCUCACUCCACAGGUGGUGAACUUGAACCCGCAAAUGGCCGGUCCCUUCAAUCCCCAGGGGCCCCAGCUGUUUCUCCCCACCCAGGGAAACCAGUUUACUCCUGUGCUCAUCCCCAACGGCCAGCAAGAGCAGCUUGGACCUCCACAGGACCCCAACGCUCCUAAUGUCCCCCAGCAGGCCCAAAAUCCUUUUCAGAUGUUUCCACAUUUCCAGUACCCAUCUUAUGGAUUUCCUCAGUUUCCCAGACAGCAGGGCUUCCCUCACUUUGUGCCUCCUUACGGCUACCCCCAGCAGAGGAACACUAUGGUGCUGCAGCCCAACAACCGUCAGCAAACCGUGGAGAGAACCACACAGAGACCACAGCUCCCUCUGCAGGCUUCCCAGCCUAAGGUGCAAACAGAGAAAACAUGGCCACUGGGGACACAGAAAGAGUCUACUACAAUUCCUCCUGAUCCUCGUGGCGACACAUCUGGCCCAGGAAUUGAUGAGGGUCACUCCAACUUCCCUUUCCUGUUUGAGCCAUAGAAUUCACCGUGGAAAUAACAACAAGGUGAUCAGGCAAAAAAAUAUUUUUGUGUUUGGCCACAGUCACUCAUUGUUCUGCUAAAUGUACUGGACUGUGUCAUUCUUCCAAAUGCAAUAUAUUUGUACUCAAUUCUUUUUAUAUUACACUGAAACUGUCUUGCUUGUUUCAGGAAUCUCACAACAUGUCAAAUAAAGAACUUUGCCAAAGUAA